AUGAGAGGCAUUCUUCAGCUGCUCACAGGAGGAGGAAGAAGAGGUGGGAGGGGAAGUUACGACGUAGUAGCGACACAGUCAGUCAGUGAGUGAACUAAGUUUCCAGCGACUCAGCCAUCACGGUCUGAAAAACUUUUUAGUUUUUGUUGUUGCGAUAUGAACUCCCUCGGCGGCUGCUGGUUGGGUUUGUCCGGCGGUAGAAGACCUUGAUAGUCGGGUUGUUGGGGGGCAGCUCGGUGCUCCGGAGAAGCAGAAUAUGGGUCAGACGGCGGUGUCUGCCGUGUCUCAGUCUGCGAGCGUUGAUGGGUUGGAGAAAUCCUCAUCACUGGCCAGCUGUGACGUGGUGGUGGACAGCGCCACCAACACCCAGAAUGCCCCUGCGUCACGGCAGCAGCGAGGCAAGCUGUCGUCUCUAGGAAAACUGUUCAAACCCUGGAAGUGGAGGAAGAAGAAGACCAGCGACAAGUUCCAGGAUCUUUCCAAAGUUCUGGAAAGAAAAAUCUCCACCAGACAAACGAGGGAGGAGCUCAUCAGGAAAGGAGUUCUCAUCCCUGACCAAGAGGAAACAAUCAGCAGUGAAAAUCUGAAUGGCCAUGCCACAUCCAGUGUGACAUCAGAGGAGGUCAAAGUUCACAUUGAGUCUCCAGAAACGACGCUGGAGGAACAGGCCUCGGGGCCCGUCAGCACCGAGGACAAAACAGAGAGGUGUGAUACUAAACCCCUUGUCCGGGGAAACCAGGUGCGACCUCGAGACGUUCAGGCUAAAAAACAGCAAAGUGCCACUCUGCCUGCCUCUUCCAAACCCGCGGGUGGCACCGCAGCCACAGCCCGGCACAGAGACGGUGCCUCAGGGACUAAAAAGACCACUAAAACCACAGGCAAGACAGGCUCAUCCACUCAAGCUAAAGCUAACCCGCGGAGCACUAACAACACUAGUCGCGGGAUUGCUAAAUCUUCCCAUCCAAAGAAGGCAGGGUGCACAACAAAAACCACGGCUGCCUCCACCCUCACCCCUCGUUCUCGUGCGACUAAGGACGACGGCGCUGCAGCACAGACUGGUGGGACAGAUGCAAGGACCAACCGGAAAUCAGACACUCCCACCUCUUCCCCCGUACCUCAAAAGGGCUCUGCAGAGACUCAUAGCCAGCCCGGGGAGUUAAAAUCCUCGCCUCUCUCCUCAAACACCAAGCCUGCCUCGUCGAAAGCCUCAGGCAAUCAGACAGAGGGAAUUCAGGCUGCUGCUCAGCCUGGUGUCGAGCCUAAAUCUGCUCCCAAAGCCACUGCUGCGGGUGAGGAGACCCACAAAGGUAUGGCUCCUGAACCCACAGUCCAGUGUUCCCAUAUCAACUCUGCUACCGAGGACACUUCCUUCACAGAGGGAGAGAGAGACAGCAGCUCAAAGGGGGAUAGACAGGGGAGAACGGGAGGGGAGGGAGGAGCAGAAGAAAAGAAGAAAGGAGAAACGGCAUCUGCUGUGGAGAACGGCCUGAGGUCGGCAGAGCGCCCGGCUGAAAAGCCGCAGGGCCUCAGCGUGAACACGGAGAAGGCCGAGGUGACGGUGAUCCCUGAUAGGCCGAGAGACAGCCAAACUAGUGACUCUGAUUCCGAUGGACCAAUCCUGUACCGCGAUGAGGAGGAUGAGGAGGAAGACGAGUACACAACCAGCUCUCUGGCAAUUAAGAUCCGCAGACGAGACACCCUGAACAUCAAGCUGGGGAACCGACCUAGCAAGAAAGAGCUAGAGGAGAAAAACAUUCUGCCUCGGAGCUCCGAGACAGAGAGACACGAGCUUCGCCAACAAAUAGGCAGCAAACUAGUCAGGCGCCUGAGCCAAAGACCCACCACAGAGGAGCUGGAGCAGAGAAACAUCCUCAAGCAAAAGAAUGAAGCAGAGGAGCAAGAAGCCAAGCAGGAGAUUAAAAGGAGACUCUCCAGAAAGCUGAGUGUGAGGCCCACAGUGGCAGAGCUCGUCGCUCGCAGGAUCCUGCGUUUUAAUGAGUAUGUGGAGGUAACAGAUGCCAAGGAUUAUGACCGGCGGGCAGACAAACCCUGGACACGGCUUACUCCUGCUGACAAGGCUGCUAUCCGUAAGGAGCUGAAUGAGUUUAAGAGCCGAGAGAUGGAGGUUCAUGAAGACAGCAAACAGUUCACCAGAUUCCAUCGGCCCUGAGCGCUCUCACUGCCAGCUGGACGUCAGCACCACAAGCUCUCCGGUCUACAGCUCCCAGCAGUCCCCCGGUCCUUCAGACCCUCAGUACGCAGCUCAGUCUACUUUGCUUUGGGAUCCUCUUGCACCUGAUGAUAUGUUUAUUUGACAGCUACAGGUGUGUCUUAAGGCCUCAGUCAAUCAAGGGACACCAGUGAAACAUUUGCACAUAUCUAAAAUCAAUGGUGUCUAUAGCAUUCUGAUUAGAACCAUUUAUUUAUUGCAGAUGGCCAGAUCCUUCUGGUAUGUGAUGGGUUUUUUGUUGUCUGUUUUUGGUUCACUUCUGGCCUUGUAAUGAGACGUUCAAUGGAGGAAAAAUGGGCAAAAUGACCCUCGUAGUAAUGAAUGUGGCUCAAUUGUACUUAAGAGUUUGUGUACUUAUGUACGUAUGCCUUGCCAUAAACUGCCAAAUGGCCAUGUAUGGGCAUCCUCCUAGGCCAGGAAAUGGGAGCAAUUGGAUGGUUGUGUGCUGAUGUCAGUGCUUAUGUCACAGAUCCGAGGGGAGGAGAGGCAGUUUGUGCUGCCCCUAUGUGCCUCUUGGAGUUGAAUCUGAAAUACUGCAGUUCAUUUUUGCCACUAGAGGGCAUUAUAUUAUAAGAGUUAUAGAAUGUAAGUACAGAGAUGUGUAUGUAGAUGAAGAACAGCCUGCGAGUGUUAUAUUUAUAACUGCUGAAGCUGAGAGUUCGGUGGAAACCUGAGGCUUUAAGAGUGAAGUGCAAUGAAAAUCAUUUAAAUUCUAGCCAAUUCCAAUCCCUCAGCACUCUUCCUGAUGAUACAUAAUGAUCAUGUACCAUCAUAUAUCCUGUGUUGAGUUAUUAAGUGCAAAUCUCUGAUCACAAAGUGCUGGACUUGCUGUUUAGAGGGCUUUGACUCAAGUUUUUUAUUUUAGGCUUUUGGCUGGAGCUCUUACUCAGAGUGACUUGGUGCCAAAGAAAAAAGCAGAAAUUUGAUUUGAUUGUAUUUUGGCCUUAUUUUAACGUUUACAGGUUCAAUUUUGUUGACUUCAUAUAAAGGUUUUAUGAAUGAGAACAAGCACUGAGAGUUUCACCACUGAAGCAAUCAACCGGCUUUAAGAAGAAGUGGAGGUACUUUAUUUUCCAUUUCCUCAAACUGUCAGCCUGUGAUAGAAAUGUAAGAAGAGACUUGGUGACAAGUAGCCCUUUUCCACUUUGUCCUAACAUGCACCUUGAAUCCAGAUCUGUUUCUCUUUUGGCUUCCAAACUGUAGAAUUUAUCAUGGACCUGAAAAUUUAAAGGAAUUGUUCAACAUUUGCAAAAAUACACUAGAAAAAUGUGUCAGUUAUUUCUUUAGUCAGUCAACAGGAAACUAAUCUGAAACUAAUGUCAUAAUCGAUUUCAGUAAUUUAAAGAAAACUGUUGCUGCUCAGGUGGAGAUUUGAUGCUGUUUUUGUCAUGUAUGAUAUUAAACUGAAUACCGUAGGGAUCUGGAUAAAACAAGCAAUUCAGAUUGAAUUUAGAAAAUUAUAAUAGGAAUUUUCUAUUUUAGAGAUGAAACAAUAAAUCAAUUAAUAAAGAAAAUAAUCGACAAAUUGUCUAAGUAAUUGUUAGUUGCAGCGCUAUAAUGUAAAUGUACACUCUAAUUUCUGUACGCUAAAUAUAGAGCUACAGCAAACAGGCCAUUAGCUUAGAUUAGCAUAAACUGGCUCUUCAGUUUUUGUAAACAUUAAAUAUAUAUAUAAUAAAUGUUUACUAAGAGGCACUGGUAGACAUUUUUUUAACCUUUAAACAGAGCCAGCCUAGCUGUUUCCCCCUCUUUCCAGUCUUUAUGCUAAGCUAAGCUAAUCGCCUGCUGGUUGUAGCUUCAUAUUUAGCGCAGAGGCUAUUUCUCAAAGUGUUGAACUAUUCCUUUAAUAUCACAUGUAAGGCAAAGCUAAAACAUUGAUGCGUCUUAUAGUGAUCUAAGCUGGCACAAGGGAGGUUAUGAAGUAGCAUUUCAACCCAUUUUAUAUUCCACUGCUCUUUGGGAUUAAAUUUGUUUUUGCACUCUUUUUAGAAGUCUGAAUUGAAUUGUAUUGUUAAGAGAUUAAAGACAAAUAGGUAACAGUGUUGGCUGCACAACAACUUAACUACACUGAAGAGGAUUUACUUUUGUUUAAAUGUGCAGAUACACAGAAAGUUGGUCUAUGUGUGGAAUUAUGUUUUUUGGACAUUUGUCUCACAGUUUGGUGCAUUUAUAGAUUUUCUGCUUCAAGUGAUUCAUCAUGAUAGAAUCCAGAUACUCGAGACGUAUGUCAAUGCAAAAUGUAGAGGCGAUCAAUUAAUAAUGAUUUGUUUUUGUGUGAAUGCCAGAAUGUUUGGCUGACUAAAAGAAACUGGAGCCUAUACCUUUCUCUCUAAAAUAUUUUAGGACUAAUAUAAGAAGCUGGGACCUUUACUCAUUGCAGUGGAUAUAAAAGUUAAACAAAACGUUCUUUCUCCUCCCAGCAUAUUUGGACUAUAAAGGAGUUGUUUGCUGAAAAGUGAUUGACAGAUUGAGCUUGCUGACGUCUGAAGGCUUGUGUUCUCAUAAUAGAUCUCCGACCCCUCGUCAUCCUAACAAAAAGUAAAGAAAAGGACAGAUUGAUUCUUCCUGCUUCUGAAUGUGCAUAGGUUGUAACAUGAAGUGAUGUACAGUGAUGGAAAAGAACCAACAGUAUUCAAUAAUGUCAAUAUGUAUGUUGUUAUAUAUUGAUUAUUUUGUACAGAAUGUAUAUCGAGCAUGUGCAUACAUUGAAAUCAAUUUUACUACCAAUAUGAUACAAUAGAAUUUUGAUGUGAAUGUUUUAAGCUCUGAUUGUAAUUGUCUUGUUUUUUUUUUAAUCAUCCUCAGUCAAUUGUAAUGAGAUUAACAGUUCAUCACAUAUAUACGUGCUGUUUUUAGGCAGCAUAUUAAUCACAGUAUGUUAAAUAAUUGUCAUGCCUGUUCAUCUGUUUCCUAAGCAGACCAUGUAUAAGACAUUAUAUAGGUAGUGAUAAAUCUCUCUCUGGUUAUUUUGUAUUCGUUCCACCUUCACUUCAACUGAAGUCAGCUGGUGCAGUGCAGCGGGUAUUUCAUGGAUGGUGACUCAGUUUAAAAGCAAUUUAUAAUCCUUUCUGGACCUUUACUUUUGAUUCAUUUCAUCAGAUGACCAUAGUGCAUACUGCACAAACUAGAAAAAACGGAUGGAUGUGACUUUAAUCUUAAUCAUGAUAAACAUGCUCAAGUUUUAACUACAUGCGAUUAGGUACAGUAAAUAAUCUGAAAGUAAGCAUGAGUCUGAGCGGUAGUGUGAAAUUAGCUUCUGUAAAGGGGAACACGGUGCGCACUAAGAGCAAAUACUGUAAUAAAAGACCAGAAAGCUCUUAUUUUUUUAUACACAAAUUAAAAGUCUUACCUCGUGGUACAGCUCUGAUUCCGUCAUGGCUGACGACGUAAAUAUGCUGCUUGCACCACAAAAAUACAAUACAUUAAUCCAGAUAAAGUGUAACUGGUAACAUUUAUUUUAACCCAGCCUAUUUAGCAUUUAAGCAGUAUAUAGUCAAUGAAUAAAAGGUUAUGUAGGUGUGUAAGCAGAUAUAAAGACAUUUAAAGGUGCUAUAACUAAUAUUUUUGUAACAAUAAUUAAUGAUAUAUGAAGUGACAAUGUGAAUAGUGAUGAACCUACAGGGCAUUAUCACCUGAAUCUGCAGCUUUCCCCAGCUUUACUGAGCUUUAUAGUGAGUUUCAGCUCAUUGUUUUGGUUCACUAUCACCGCUCGUAGUGUUGUUUUCGGCCACAGCUGGCAACUGUUGUCAGCCACAAAAAAACCACUGUACACUACCUGCGCAGCAGACACCCAGUUACCGACUAGCUGGUGAAUAUAGUGGAGCAUGUGGUGAGCUAAAGAUAAUGUCCUCAGGAGCAGGUAGAGACCAAAACCUGAGCUAAAAGAGUUAAUAUUAAGGACUUACAUUCAUCAGGAGGCCAGAAAAAAGACUCAAAAUGAAUUGUAAUGUAACAGCUGGAUGUGUAAAUAAGCAACUAUUCGCCAUAUCAACCUAAAAGGUGAUAAUAAUUUAUCAAUACAGUGUUUGAUAAUGUAUUGGUAACAACUUAAACUCCUCAUGAAGCAUCCACAACUGCUGAAUAAACAUGAAUACUUUGCAAUAUAUUUGCAAUCUUAUAUAAUGUAUACACAGGCAUACAUGGUUUUAAACCUGUCUGUGAAUGAUUUGUACAUGUGUACAAAUGAUUGUUAAGGAAAUGCUUUGUAACACUAAGAGUUAGUUAUAAUAACAGUCAUGUUAUACUAUGCUAUCAGUCAUUCAUUAGCUGUUUAUACACCAGUUACGGAUGCUUAAUCUGAGAGUUUUUAAUUGGUGACCAAAUACAUUAAGAAACACUUGAGACUUAAUGUCUUUAUGUUUGCUUACAAUUUAUAAAUCAUUUAUGAAGUGUUUAUAUGCUGCUUAGGAAUACAAUAUAGAGGUUACAUAGUGUUAGCUAAUAAGAAGCUUUAGAAAUCUUGUCCUGUUUUUUUUUUUUUUUUAAAUCUAGGUUAAAAACAUUGGUGUCUUUGUAAUAAUGAAACUACUUACAGGGGAGUCUUGAUGUGGACUGUAACCACAUCUAUCUUUUAAGUCUUGUUUUUUUUUUCCUCCAACACUGAUGCGUAAUUCCAUAUUUUAGUCCAGAGUUAUGUAUAGUAUCUGUAUAGAGUUUGGAAGAGCCUUGACAGUUGGUGUUUAGUCAUAACCAGUCAGUAUUAAAGGAGCGAGUCCUGUAAAAACGAUAAUGGCUGCAGUCUGUUUCAUCUCAUCUUGUAUGAAACUGUAAAAUAAACACAAUAAACCUUAUGAGAGUAAGACCCCAAAGACACUUUCAAAUGUAAAAUACGGAAUAAAAUCCAACAUACAUGUCAUUACAUUUGAAAAGCAAUUUUCUCUAUAAUUCCACUUGAAUUCGUGGCCAUUUUGACACUUCCUUUCCCGGCUUGUUAUUACAAUUAAUCUGCAGAACUGGAGACUUUCACCAGUUCAUGAAGAUGUUUACAUUUGUAAUGAUGUGAUGGUGCUUGAGGCUUCCUUUAUCACUUCCCCCAAUCAGAUCCCAUCAGGGCCAUAAUCAGACUGCUGCUGUUGUUGAACGAAAGCCCUUUAUCUUCAAUGUAUAAUCUUUUCUUGAUCUUGUGAAAUCUCAGUUUGGUAUUCGUUCGCUGGGGAAUCACACUAUAAACCUUCCAACUUUAAAUGCAUUCAUUUUCUUUUCACACAACAGAUACUCAAAGGAAACACCAAAGGACUGGAUAUUUAAAAAAACACCCUUUCCUAUAUGUUUGAGACAAGAUUGAUCUUUGAAGUUGUAGAAUAAUGUCAUAUAUCCCCAAAACAUCUACUGUUACGUCCAAACUGUAUAUUGUUUUUGUAUAUAAAGAAUCGUGAAAAAACA